GUGAGCUCGAAGUAAACCUAGACUGUGUGAGACCCUUUCUCAGAGCAAAGAGGUGGGGGCACAUAAAGGAGAGAAAAAGGACAUCCGGGGACGCAGAGGAAGUUAGUUUUCAGGGCUCUUUGCUAGAAGGUGCACUUGCAUAGUUUCAACUGUGGGGGCUGUACGCAUUGUUUUUGGUGGGCAAAAGAGUUUGAAAGGAAAAAAAGACACCAUGUGAGAACAUUUUUGUGAAUUUCUGGGAAAGUGCUUAAAGCAACCCUGGGCUCUCAGCCAACCAAAUCGAGUGCCUGCCUGUAAAGAACUACAUUUCCCGACGACCUCUGCGCUCAACACCAGGACCAUUUUCCUUCCGGCUUGAAGCCUACUCCACGGACCGUACCAGGUUCCGCCCUGCUGCCCGUCAAGUACGGCCUCGCCCCUGACGCCCUGAGCUCCAAUUACCGCCUCUUACGUAAGCCACCGCCCACUCAACAGGCCUCCCCCUAGGGGGCGUGGCUCUCUUGCACCAUCGUGAGACCUACUGGCUCUUUCGGCACCGCUGGGGCGUGGCUACGGGAACCAGGCGGAUCCAUUCCGAACCGCGGCUGAGGCGUUCGCGGUGGUGGCGUCGAAACAUGCACGCGGCAGGUUUGGCGGCGCCGGCGGGGACGCCCCGGCUGCGUAAGUGGCCCUCGAAACGGAGGGUCCCGGUGUCCCAGCCAGGCAUGGCUGAUCCCCACCAGUUUUUUGAUGACACAAGUUCAGCCCCGAGUCGGGGCUAUGGAGCCCAGCCAUCAUCUGGUGGUCUGGGCUACCCCUCCCCUUCCUCCUCACCCGAGGCAGCCUUUCUGGCUGACCCUAUGUCCAACAUGGCGAUGGCCUAUGGGAGCAGCCUGGCCGCUCACGGCAAGGAGCUGGUAGACAAGAAUAUUGACCGCUUCAUCCCUGUCACCAAGCUGAAGUACUACUUCGCCGUGGACACCGUGUACGUGGGCAAGAAGCUGGGCCUGCUCGUCUUUCCCUACCUACACCAGGACUGGGAGGUGCAGUACCAGCAGGAUACCCCAGUGGCCCCCCGCUUUGACAUCAACGCUCCAGACCUCUACAUUCCAGCCAUGGCUUUCAUCACCUACAUCCUGGUGGCUGGCCUUGCCCUGGGGACCCAGGACAGGUUUUCCCCAGACCUCCUGGGACUACAGGCGAGCUCGGCACUGGCCUGGCUGACCCUGGAGGUUGUAGCCAUCCUUCUCAGUCUCUACCUGGUCACUGUCAACACGGACCUCACCACCAUUGACCUGGUGGCCUUCCUGGGCUACAAAUAUGUCGGGAUGAUCGGCGGGGUCCUCAUGGGCCUGCUCUUUGGGAAGAUCGGCUACUACCUCGUGCUUGGCUGGUGCUGUGUGUCUAUCUUUGUGUUUAUGAUCCGGACGCUGCGGCUCAAGAUCCUGGCCCAGGCGGCGGCCGAAGGGGUGCCGGUGCGCGGGGCGCGGAACCAGCUGCGCAUGUACCUGACCAUGGCGGUGGCGGCCGCGCAGCCGCUGCUCAUGUACUGGCUCACCUUCCACCUGGUACGGUGAGCGGUCAGCCUGGCCUCCAGCUGCCACAUUCAUCUCGCCCAACCCGGGCCCGGCUCUCCAGGCCCGAGCCCCUCCCUUCCAGCCAAGGUGCUCUCGUCUCCAGCUGCACACCGCAACAAUAAACCUGAUGG